AUGAAGUUCAUUGAUGAAAUUGAUAUAGAGCUGGUUAACCAGGCUCUCUGUUUUGAAACUCCUGACUAUUCGGUUCGUGGCGGUUGCGAUUUGUUCACGACGAAGCCUGUGGGGUCGGACAAGAAACUAUAUAAAACGAUUGAUAAGCAUCUAGAUGACAUAUUGCAGGAAAGCUUGAAUUGGAACAUGUCUCACUCUCCGCCCACAGCUUCCAGGAUAACCGACAAUGUUGAUUUUCAGACGCGGUUUAGCCGGAGGGCCUCCUCAUCUAGUAUUGUGAAACCAACUUUGAAAAGAAAGUCUUUCAACCACCACCAAGCAACUACAUUGAGUAAGUCUUUGGAGAAUAUUGACAUAAACGAAAGCGCGCUGUAUGACGAGGAGACCCCAUUUGGUCCCAUAACUUCCACACAUAGCAGAAAAAUCUUUUCGUACCUAAUAGGAAUACUGAACGCGUCGUAUCCCGACCAUGACUUUAGUUCAUUGACGCCGGACUACUUCACAGCAGUUGACUCUGCAAAUUCCAUGAUGAACCGUUUCAACUCAAUUGUAUUGUCUUUGGGCUAUAAGGAUCAGAUAGACGAUGGUGAUAAGGAUAUUAACUGGAUUUGGGAGACUAUCAAUUCCCAUAUGGACAUUCAAGACUGCUCCAUUUACGCGUUGGAACCCAAGGAUGGAGUUUUGGCUGACUUAGAGCCUAAUACGCUAUGGUGUUUAAUGUGGUUCAUCUUUAAUAAGAAACGGAAACGGGUCGCGUUCCUGCAUCUCAAGGCCACUAUUAAGAACAAAUACUCCCCUCCCAUGCGAAGAAAUUCCAAAGUAAGCACUCUAGACGAAGUUAGUGGGAACUUCAAUCUAAACGAUGAAGAAUAUGAUCUCACUUACGACGAUGACGAUCCUAAUCAAGAAGAUCCUGAUGUAUUUAUUGAAGAGGAUGAUGAUGAGGAUGACAACAACACUAUUGUUGCGGAAGACCUGCAGGUUAGUUAA